AUGAAAAAAUUUGCCAAAACUCCUUUUAUUAUACUGAUAUCUUGCUACUUGAUCUUUUCUAAUCAAUCUAUUAAUAAUGCUUCGGAAAAAGCUAAUUUUCAAAUUAUUGGAAUCUUUCCUAAUUCACUAAAUUAUAACUAUUCAUUUAAGAAAUGCUCUAAUUAUAGUAUGCUUAAUAUACAACUAACACAAGCCAGUAUCUAUGCUAUCGAAAUGCUAGUCAAUAACAAUUCAAAUUUACUACCUGGUAUAAAACUUGGAUUAACAAUAAUCGAUUCUUGUUCUUCGCCACAACUGGCUAUGUCUUCGCUAUCAACAAAAUUAAUAUUAUUGCCUAAACAACAAAAUUACGAUCAGUAUAAUUGCUCUGGAUCGUCUACAAAUACUCACGAUCUUUAUUCUAGCGGGUCACAGGUAUUAAAUCGUAGCAACACUGAUCAUUCCCAUAUUUUGGGUGUUCUUGCAGAAAAAUCUGAACAUAUCACGACAUCAUUGGCUUCUUACACUAGUAGUCUACGUAUUAUUCAGAUUGGUUAUAAUUCUUUUAAUCCUGCAUUGAAUAAUCGUAAAUUCUUCCCCUAUUUCUAUCGUACUUCUCCAUCUCCAGAUGUCCAAACGAAAAUCAUAAUCGACGUUCUAACCCGAAUGAAAUGGAAUUGGAUAUGUAUUGUUCUUGCAAUAUCAAAUAAUUUAGAUUCAGCCGUCGUAAAAUUUGAUUUACAGUUACGACAACAUGGUAUUUGUAUAGCAUAUAAGGCAAUCCUCUAUGAUAAAAAUACUACCUCGGAUUUUAGAAGUGUCAUUACAGCAAUAAGAAAUCAGCAACGGACAAAUGUUAUCGCUUUAUUAGGAGAUGAAAAUAUUGUAUUCAGAUUUUUAAAGGAAGCUGAAAAUCAAAAUUUAGAGGGUAAAACAUGGAUUGGUUCUUACAGUUGGAUGCUUUCUUCAAGAAUUAAAAAUAUCAAUUCUAGCGUAAUUGAUGGAGUAUUAGGUGCUGGUCCAAAUAUGAAAAGAAUAAACAAUUUUGAUCAAUACUUAAAUCAUCUUGAUUUAUGUAAUAAUGUAAAAAAUCCUUGGUUUGUACGUGCUAUACGCCAACAUUUACAAUCUUUAAGAAAUCGUAGAGAUCAAGCUAACAAGACGAGCU